CGCCCACUUAGGAGACAGGAAGUACGCAGCGUUAACGUUUCACACCACUGGCGCGUGAGAAUCUUUUCUCUAACCGUCUCUGGCACAUAUCGCCGUUAUAGGAAAACAAGCUUGCGGACACAUUUGUUUUUAAGCAACGGGCCUAUUGAAGGGACCAGAAUGAGCCAUUUCAGUAGACCCAACAGACACAGGACACCAUCGUUCACCAGGGCAACCCACCUUAGAGCAUUCAAGUCCGACCUGGAGCGAGAUUCAGGCUUCUCAGAUGCCAGCUCUGAGUACCUCAGUACAGUCGAUCUGACUGACUCUGAAGAUGGAGGAAGGAACGGGUCGCUUGUCGACCAGGACCCUUCUGGUCCGCAGGUGGCUUUGAUAGGAGGCUCAUAUAAUGGACUGUCUCCAAUGAUCAUCAUGAAUAACAUUGUGUUAAAGCAGCCACCCCCAAUGGUUCCAGCAGAGAAACAGUGGGGCUUUCCUAAACCCUUGGAAGUAAUGCCUCAGUCCCAGGUGGUUCUUCUUCAACCCAUGGUAUCAGAUGGUAGCAGCAGCUCUCCAAAGACUGGCUCUGAAAAUAUUCAACAAUCAAAAAGCUACAUGCCCAUCCUCAAGUCAUAUCCCAGAAUUGCCCCACACCCAGCGGAUGCGCCCACAAAGAAAGUGGAAUCCUCCAAGAUGAGGGUGAGCUCAACAUCAGGAUAUGACAGGCGAAAGAAAAAGCACCACCAUGGCCACCGGCACUACAGCUCCCUCAGCCCGCAGCCAGAGCUGCAGACUACAAUCAACCCCAUCUGCAACUUUGAAGCAGCAAACCAUCAAUUACAGGCCGCUGAGAGUCAGGAGCACCUCCGUGACAAUUCUCUCUCUCCGCUGACAGGGAGCAGCUCUUUGCUCCCCCACACAGAUGAAUUCAGGACGCAUAUUGACAGCAACAGAAUGGAUGCCAACCAAGACGACGCAAUCUCAAUAGACAGUAUCAAACUGAAACGUUUCAGCAAUACCUACAACAUUCUCAAUAAAUCUGGCUUGCUGGGGAUCACCAUGCGCACAAAGCAGCUGAUCAAGGAGAAUAAGCGCACCCAAGGCCAGCUGCAGCAGCUUCAGCAGCAAACAGCUUUGCUGCUGGAGGCUCUAAGCAGUGGAGACCCCCAGCUCUGGACUAAACUGCAGCUCUCUCUGCAGCACACAGACAGGAGCAAUGUGGAGCUAGAGCCAAGAGAGUCGUAAUGUGAUAUGUUGAUGGACAUGACCAGCAGUACUCAAUCAGCGGGACACAAGAUGAUUUAUUGAAUGUAAAAAGGUAUAUCUCAAAUCUUUACAUGUGCAAUAGUCAUUAUAGCAUCUAGCAAUUAAAGUAAACAAACAAUAAUUUUUAAAGAAACUAAACUAUAUACGUUCACGCUUUUAUCAGGACAGUACAAAUCACCUUAACAUUCAGUACUGUUGGUCUAACAUAAAGCUAAAGCACAUUAAUACCAAGUGGGAGCUGUAGCAUGACAGAAGCAUGCUUACAUUUCAAACCCUUGCCUAUAAUACAUUUUCUUGCCUCUUGUUUCAAAACGGUAAGAAUCACUUGCAUUAGGGCUUUGACUUCUAUAUAAAAGCAUGUAUACAGCACAUAUGAGGGCCCAUGGGGUUAAUUCCUUAUACAUGUCCUGACUGAUUGCUGUAUAGAAGAUAUAAGCAUACUUUUU